CUAUUAACAUGGCUUGGGUUUUGCAAGCAAGAUGGCGAAUGUUGAACAACGGGAGUUUGCCGGUCCUGAGGAAAUUCGUGCGGCUAAGCUGCUUGUUGUUGGUGCUGGUGGAAUAGGUUGCGAGCUUCUGAAAAAUCUUGUUUUAACAGGGUUUCGUUAUAUUGAAGUGAUUGAUCUGGACACAAUUGAUGUGAGCAAUCUAAAUCGACAGUUCUUGUUUCGUAAGCAGCAUGUUGGCAAAUCAAAGGCAGUAGUUGCAAGAGAGAGUGUACAGGCGUUGAACCCAGAUGCAAAGAUAAUCGCACAUCACAGUAGCAUAUUCGAAAAAACGUAUGGAAGAGAUUUCUUCAAGAAAUUUAAUGUGGUGCUCAAUGCACUUGACAAUAGAGCUGCCAGGAACCAUGUGAAUCGGAUGUGCCUGAACGUGGAUGUACCACUGGUAGAGAGUGGUACCGCUGGCUACCUAGGCCAGGUCACGGUCAUCAAGAAGGGCAUAACUGAAUGCUAUGAAUGCCAGCCAAAAGCAACCCAAAAGACCUAUCCAGGAUGCACAAUCAGAAACACACCAUCUGAACCAAUACAUUGCAUUGUAUGGGCUAAACACUUAUUCAAUCAGUUGUUUGGAGAGGAAGAUCCAGACCAGGAUGUAUCUCCCGAUACGGCAGACCCAGAGGCAGCAGGUGAUGCUGGCCAGGAGGCGCUAGCAAGCGAUGGUGUGACGGGCGGAGUCGAGAGGUCUUCCACUAGAGAAUGGGCCAAGAGUUGUGACUGGGAUCCGGUGAAACUGUUUAACAAGUUGUUUAGAGAUGACAUCAAGUACUUGCUGAGUAUGGCCAACUUAUGGCAACAUAGACGACCACCAACCCCUUUAGACUGGGGCAACCUUCCUGACUCUGUGCCGGGAAGCAGCACGUCCGCGCAGGACAGUGAUCUCUUGGAGGACCAGCGGAUGUGGAGUGCGAAGAUGUGCGGACAGAUGUUUGGCCGCUCAGUCAACACUCUGAAGGAGCGGUUAAAGACGAAGGUAGCAGAGGAUAAGGAACAUGGCUAUCUCAUCUGGGAUAAGGAUGAUGAUCCAUCUCUGGAUUUUGUGACCGCAGCAGCUGGAAUUCGGAGUCACAUUUUCGGAAUAGCUCAGAAGACACGGUUCGAUGUCCGAUCUAUGGCGGGCAACAUCAUUCCCGCGAUCGCGACGACGAACGCGGUCAUCGCCGGCCUCAUAGUCAUGGAGCUGCUCAAGGUGCUCUGCGGCAACUACAGCAAGUGCAAAACUGUUUAUCUGGUUCGUCAGCCGAAGUCGAAAAAGAAGCUGCUGGUGCCGUGUGAGCUAGUGAAGCCAAACCCUGCGUGUCCGGUCUGCUCGGAGAAGCACGAGGUGACUGUGAGGUUGAACUGUGAGACCACAACUGUGAAAACACUGGAGGAGAAGGUCCUGAAGGAUGCUCUAACGAUGGUAGCUCCCGAUGUAGAAAUAGAAGAUGGCAAAGGCACUAUUCUGAUCUCAAGUGAGGAAGGAGAAACUGAAGGAAACCAUGGCAAGUUUCUGAAAGAUUUCGGGAUCGGACACGACAGUCGACUCAAGUGUGACGACUUUUUCCAAGACUUUGAGGUUGUUGUGAACAUCAUGCAAAGUGAGGAUCUAGAGAGAGGUGUGGAGUUUGAGCUGAUUGGCAAUGUAGCCCAGUUGAAAGCAAAGAUGGACGCCAAAGCGGCUAGCGGUUCAACUCCGAGGAAUGGCCAACCGAAUGGCACCGCAGAAACCACUAGCGCAAACAGUGAUGUGAUAGUUGACGAUGAAGAAGACAUUGAGAUUGAAGAAGAGGAGGUGGAGGAGGAUGAGAUGGAGAAGGAUGAGGAGGAGGGAGCCGGUGACAAGAUGCUUAGAAAGAGAAAGGCUGAGAACCUUGAGAAAGAUCUCGGGUCGAAGAGACCCCGCGUAGAACCGGACCAGAGUGACGAUGAUCUGAUAGUGCUGUAACGGGAGAUGCUGUCACGCUGCUCUGCACAACUGAGAUCGCACAUUAUGGCCACUAGCCGGCGCCACAGUCGCUACUGAGGCACACCUAAUCUUGAAAUUGAACAGUAGUCGUUCAAGUGCGUGAUUUUCACUUGUGAAUGAUGUGAGCACACUAACACAGCGUGUGGUAGUUGUCGUCUCGCUCUUGUGAAUGCUGACGAGAACCCAGGCCAGACGUACGCCUAGAUAUCGACGUUCUGUAGUCCGGUGGCUAAUGGAGCAGGUAUGCUUGUCUGUUCUUGCAAGCUGCAUCGCGUGCUGCAGAGGUGUCACUAUGACGUCACCAUCGGGCAUCUUGCUCUGUAGUUCACCCUGACAUCGAUCGCGCAUGCAUGUAUUCGUGAUGUCCGCACUGUUUCACGGUCCAAAUUCAUUUCACCUGCCAUAAUUUACGGGGGCACACGUGCAGCUGGUCAUAGACGAAGAGAUAUUACGUCGUUUAUAUUUAUUUUAUUACUCAAUAGUGAAUGCCGGUGAGUCUAGUGAUUGUGAUGUUAACAUCCUAGUGGAGGGCUGUCUAUCCCGUGCAAAAUUCCAUCGUCACCUUCUAGACACGUUGUAAUCGUGCUGUUAUUAAGCAGAGCGAGGGCUACGAGUCGUUCUCUCACAGACAGAAGAGUCGAGUCGGCCGCACGGAUGGGGGAGUUUAAAUGUUGUCGUAACUCUGCUGUUGUUGUUAAGCGUGUGACAGCUCUCUGCAACUAGGUGAUGUACGGCGAUUACUCAUCGUGCAGCACAUUUUCUAGCCAUGAAUUGCACAAGUGGUUCACAUCUACAUGUUCUAGAAUAAAAUGCCCGUUUUGUAUGAAAAUAC